AUGGAUAGUUGCAAGGCAGUGUCUACUCCAAUGGGAUCCGGAACUUAUGUUGAUCAAGAUGAAUCAGGUGUUUUUAUCACAAAGUAUCAAGGUAUGAUUGGUUCCUUACUAUAUUUGAUGGCAAGCCAUCCUGAUAUAAUGUUUAGUGUGUGUCUUUGUGCGCAGUUUCAAGCCAAUCCAAAGGAAUUGCAUCUUACCGCUGUUAAAAGGAUCAUGAAGUAUCUCAAAGGAACAACGAAUGUCGGCCUAUGGUAUCCAAGAGGUAGUAUAUGUGAUUUAAUUGGAUAUUCUGACUCGGAUUAUGCAGGUUGCAAAACUGAUAGAAAAAGUACAAGUGGAACAUGUAACAUCCUAGGAAAUGUAUUACUUUCUUGGGCAUGUAAGAAACAAGCAUGUGUUUCUCUUAGCACCACAGAAGUAGAAUACAUAGCAACAGGGAGUUGUUGUGCUCAAAUUCUAUGGCUAAAGCAAUAA